CAGAAUACAAGAAGAGCCAGCCAUAAGGGGAAAAAAGCUUUAGCCUUUAACUAAUCAUAGCACAGAGAAAAGUGAGCCAAAAAAAAGAACCUGAGAUUGGUUUUUAGAAAUGAAUGGUCUAUCACAUCUUGAACCGGAAUACUCUGAGUUUGUUGAAGUAGAUCCAACUGGCAGAUAUGGCAGAUACAAUGAAAUCCUAGGCAAAGGAGCUUCAAAGACAGUUUACAGAGCAUUUGAUGAGUAUGAUGGGAUUGAAGUUGCUUGGAACCAGGUCAAGCUAUAUGAUUUUCUUCAAAGUCCUGAAGAUCUUGAGAGGCUGUACUGUGAAAUUCACCUCCUCAAGACACUGAAGCACAAGAACAUUAUGAAGUUCUACACUUCUUGGGUUGACACUUCAAAAAGAAACAUCAAUUUUGUAACUGAAAUGUUCACUUCUGGGACUCUUAAACAGUACAGACUAAAGCACAAGAGAGUAAACAUCAGAGCUGUCAAGCAUUGGUGUAGGCAGAUCUUGGGAGGGCUUUUGUAUCUGCAUAGCCAUGACCCUCCUGUGAUUCAUAGAGAUCUCAAAUGUGACAACAUCUUUAUUAAUGGAAAUCAAGGGGAAGUGAAGAUUGGUGAUCUUGGUUUAGCAGCGAUCUUAAGGAAAUCACAACAUGCUGCUCACUGUGUUGGGACACCAGAGUUCAUGGCACCAGAAGUAUAUGAAGAGGAAUAUAAUGAGCUAGUUGACAUAUAUUCGUUUGGGAUGUGCGUUUUGGAAAUGGUGACUUUUGAAUAUCCUUAUAGUGAAUGCACUCAUCCUGCUCAGAUCUACAAGAAAGUUGUUUCAGGGAAAAAACCAGAUGCUUUGUACAAAGUUAAAGAUCCAGAAGUAAGAAGGUUUGUUGAGAAAUGUUUGGCAACUGCAUCUAUGAGGCACUCUGCGAUUGAGCUUUUGAAUGAUGAUUUUCUCCGAGUAGAUGAAUGUGAUUAUGAUUUGAGACCAGUGAAUUAUGGUAGGCAGCUUGAUGACAUAGGUCCUCUUGUAAGGCAGCCUGUUUACGAGGUUCAUCAAAACAACAGUUCGUUUAGUAACGGAUACUCGAAUGGCUAUGGUUUUGAUUCCCAAAACGAAUGGGGGUAUCAUCCUUUUGAGGUGGAAUCAAGUGGAAUAGAACUCUUUGAGCACCAUGAUGAUGAGGAACAUGGUGAAAAUGUGGACAUAAGUAUUAGAGGGAAGCAAAAAGAAGAUGGUAGCGUCAUCCUGAGACUUAGAAUUGCAGAUAAAGAAGGACAUAUACGGAAGAUUUAUUUCCCAUUUGACAUUGAGAUGGAUACAGCACUGAGUGUUGCAACUGAAAUGGUGGCAGAGCUGGAUAUCACUGAUCAUGAUGUAACAGAAAUUGCAGAUAUGAUUGAUGGGGAAAUUGCAGAUUUGGUACCAGGUUGGCAGUCCGGGCCAGGAAUUGAGGAAACACCGCGUUUUUCCAAUCAAAACAUUUGUCAAAAUUGUGUAUCCAACCACACCUCUAGUGGUUCCUUCAUGGAGUUUCUCUCUAACAACCCCGGGGCUACUCAAGGUUGUACACAUGGAUGUGCUUCAAUGCAUGGUCGUUUUGAGGAGAUUACAUAUCAAGAAGAUGAGUCGAAGCAUCAUGUAACAGAGGAUAUACCAAAUGAAUCAAGCCAAUCAGACUGCCUACAUUACCAAGAAAUCUGGGGACAACAUGAGAGUCGUGAGCUUAGUUCAGUGGGCUCUGGACAAAGCCAUUCAGACGAAGAAUAUGAAAAAAUGAAUCAGUUAGUCACAGUCAUGCAGGAUCUUAAAUUGGACAACACCAUUGCUUCUGAUGCAAGAAAUUCUCUGCGGAACAUAUCCGGUUCACAUCCCUUUUCCACAGUGCCCUCGAUCUAUUGUGACCUCUCAGAUAAUUCUGAGCAUGAAAUUCAAAAGGAAUUGAGGUGGCUCAAGGCAAAGCACCAGAUUGAGUUGAGGGAACUUAGAGAUCAGCAGUUAGGACUUGUCUCAAAAUCUUCAAAUAAAGAACACGAAAGAGACAAUGGGAGCUUAUCAUGUCUGGUAUCAAACACCAUGAAAGGGAACAACUAUGAUAGAAGUUCAAGCUUUACUUGCCUUCCUAGUCCUAAUAAGAGCUGCCCCAGUUCGGAAACCCAAAGGGUCCGAAAAUGUGAGGCGAUUUUGGAGUGUCCUGAUGCUGAAGAGGAGGAUAUGGGUACUGCCAACAGCUUCUACACCAAAUCACAAUUGCUUCCGCACUCUCUUUGCAGGACAGUUUCUCUCCCCGUUGAUGCUGUUGAUUCAUAAACUUGUAGAGGUACCCCAUUUGUAUGCUUUCACCAAGUUCCAUACCAAAAGAGCUAUUCUUUCUUGACGAAGGGAUAUAGCUCUUUGAGGUAAUGGGAUGGUGUGACCAUGUGUAUUAGUAAAUUAUAUGAAUUAUGAGGGAAAAUACAAGUUUUGAGGCCUAUAAGAUUCAGUCUGUUCAAGUAC